AUGGAUGGAAUAGAGAAAGAAUGCAGCGCCUUGGGAGGGCUCUUCCAGCUCAUCAUGAACGACAUGAAGGCCAGUUAUCCCACGUGGGAGGAUUUUGUAACCAAAGGAGCCAAACUACAGUCACAGCUCAGGACGACCAUCUUGGUGACGGGAGCCUUUUUAGACGCGUUUCAGAAAGUGGCCGAUAUGGCGACUGGAACGAGAGGUAAGAGCUCAUGA